AUAUCAAGCAAUUUUUUCGAGUAAAUUAUUAAUAACAGUUUUUUAAACUUAUGGAAGUCGCUACUCACUCUUCUGCUCAAAAGAAGUUGCGUUGUUAACGAGCCAGUAGCCCAGUGUGCUAUGCGCCCUUUGCGUGUGAUUUAGCCAUCUGCACUUGUGAACAGGUGGGACACUCAAGAAAAUACCAUGUUAUUGACGUACCUCCCCUAGCUCGGAGUUAACCAGCAAUCUGUCGUCAAUGCUCGUUGAAUUUUCAGUGACUGAAGUGUUACUGAAUUUCUGUACUAAACAUGUGGAGGGGGAGUGGGGUCUAGCACGUCCCAGCCUCGUCUCCACUCCCUCAACCCGCUUCACCCCUUAUCAACGAAUACCAAUGAGGUUUCGAGAGAAUAGACUUCAAUUAUACCAUGAUUACACUCUGAACAGUCGGCUACAAAGAAGAUUGUCAGUCUGACGCAAAUUUCAAAGCUCUUUCCAUGUAUUACAGUGUUACUUCACAGUUUAGUUAUCAAAUCAAAUGGUCAGAGGCAAUGUAGCGUGAUGGAAUGUGUGUUAUAGCAACCACAAGCUGUGUACAGAAAAACAAAUGAGCUGCGUGUCAACUGGUCAUACAGACACAUUUGCAAUUCACACUUGCAAGAGAAGUUCGGUCGGAUCUAAUAAAAGAGUUAAUAAUCGGUUUACUUGGAAUACUUCUCCUGAAAAAUGUCCGAGGAAAGCGAGUUGUCUGAGUUAAAAAGAGACCAAACAACUCAAGAUUUUGUGACGGGCUUAAAGGAAAGAGAGGAUCUGAAGAUUAAACUCCGAGAAAAAGAGAGAGAAUGUAACACACUUAAAGGACAGAUAUAUGACAUGACCAAGAAAGUAGAGGAUUUGGAAAAGCAACUGGCCGAAAAGAAUAAGGAAACGAAAAAGCGGCGUCCUUCAAGUGCACGUAAGUUCAAGAGGCCAGCUCAGAAGAAAAAAGAGAAAGGAACUAAAGAUGCAGGCUUGUUAACACCAGAUGCAAACAACGGCAAAGAUAAUGCUGACAAUGCUGAGGAUCCAGAAAAAUUGUACCAGGAAAUUGCCAAAAGAUAUCCUGAUGUUCCCUUAAGUACAGUCCUUAUUGCGGAGAAAAAGUUUGUGGAGGCUGAUCUUGAUAGAAAUGGGGUCAUAGAUAGUGAUGAACUAGAAAAGAUGCUGGAUCUAGUGGCACAACAGGGGAGCUCCUUGAUGUACACAAAAUCAGAAGUAAAAGACAAGAUAUUUAGAAAAAUUGACUUGGAUAAUACAAAUUCUAUAGACUUCUUUGAAUGCAUAGGGAUCUUAGAGAUGGUAAGGCAAAACAAAAGCACAGAUUUACCAACCUCAUUACAGCAAAACAAGAGUGCUGUUUGUGCCAUUCAAUAACACUGGACUAAACAUCAUUCAGUGAACUGAGAGCAAGUGUCGUGGAACAGAGGCUUCUGAUUGCCUUCAUAACAUCAGGAAAUUAAAAUGUUCAAGUAUCACAGUGUGGCUCCUUGAACUGGGUAACUUGGAACAAAGUUAGCCAACAAGAACUUCGAUUGAAAACAUAAUUUAAUGAUGGCCUUUUUUGUAAACAAACCAGUGAAAUUGAAGAAUCAGAUGAUAGUUAUCCAACAAUAUUUUUUGACAAAGGUGCAGAAAGUCCCAGAUUUCUCAGGAAAUGUGGAGAUUUGGUUAGUUUCAAUCCUGAAUUUUGAGCACCAUGAAAAAGGGUCACAAGAAUGAUUUUUCACUAAAAGAAGAUGCAUGAUCUCAUGCAUGAUGGCAGGUCAACAGAAUGAUUAAGUUAAACAAUGCUGUUGAACAGACGUUUUUUUUCCACAGAUUCAAACUAAUAACUCCAAAAUCAUGUGAAAUAAAACAAACAAUGUGAAUUCUGAAAUAACGUUUCUAAUAGGAACAUUGAAAUUUACCAGUGAAAAGAUUACCAGCUUUCUUACAAAGUUCACAAAUUUGU